GGAAGCUGCAGACGCUGGACGUCCUCCUGCGGCGCCUGAAGGCCGGGUGCCACCGCGUCCUCAUCUUCACCCAGAUGACGCGGAUGCUGGACGUCCUCGAGCGCUUCCUCACCUACCACGGCCACAUCUACCUGCGCCUGGACGGCAGCACCCGCGUCGAGCAGCGCCAGGCCCUGAUGGAACGGUUCAACGCCGACAAGCGCAUCUUCUGCUUCAUCCUCUCGACCCGCAGCGGCGGCGUCGGCGUCAACCUGGCCGGUGCCGACACCGUCAUCUUCUACGACAGCGACUGGAACCCCACCAUGGACGCCCAGGCCCAGGACCGGUGCCACCGCAUCGGCCAGACCCGGGAUGUCCACAUCUACCGGCUCAUCAGCGAGAGGACGGUGGAGGAGAACAUCCUCAAGAAGGCCAACCAGAAGAGGAUGUUGGGAGAUAUGGCCAUCGAGGGAGGAAACUUCACCACCGCCUACUUCAAGCAGCAAACGAUCCGGGAGCUGUUCGACAUGACGCCGGAGGAACCGGGGCGCCGGGAGCCGGAGAGGGACAAGGACAAGGAGAGGGACGGGGACGUCCCCGCCACCGAUGAGGACGAGGACCCGGCGGCCACCCGGCGCACCCACAUCCUGGAGCAG